CCCUACUGCAUGCUCGACACCGGCCCCCGGCUGCCCCCGUAGAGCCACAGGCCAGCAAAGCAGCUCCCCCCACCCUGCUCCAGGCCCCUCCAGCAGCACCAUGACCAAGCUGCUGCCUGCGCAGGAGGCCGCCAAGAUCUACCACACCAACUACGUGCGCAACGCACGUGCCAUGGGGGUGCUGUGGAUGCUCUUCACCCUGUGCUUCUCCAUCAUCAUGAUGGUGACCUUCAUCCAGCCCUACUGGAUCGGCGACAGCAUUGAUACCCCUCAGGCUGGCUACUUCGGCCUCUUCUCCUACUGCAUUGGCAACGCCCUCACCGGCGAGCUCAUCUGCAAGGGUGGCCCCCUGGACUUUGGCACCAUCCCCUCUGGUGCCUUCAAGACUGCCAUGUUCUUCGUGGGCAUCUCCACUUUCCUCAUCAUCGGCUGCAUCCUCUGCUUCAGCCUCUUCUUCUUCUGCAAUGCAGCCACGGUCUACAAAGUCUGUGCCUGGAUGCAACUGGCAGCAGCUACGGGCCUGAUGAUAGGUUGCCUAAUCUACCCAGAUGGUUGGGAUUCCAGUGAAGUGAAGCGCAUGUGCGGUGAAAAAACAGACAAAUACACAAUAGGGGCAUGCACCAUACGCUGGGCCUACAUCCUCUGCAUCAUUGGGAUCCUUGACGCCCUCAUCCUCUCCUUCCUGGCCUUUGUUUUAGGGAACCGACAGGACCAUCUCCUCCCAUCUGACUUUAAAGUCGAUGGUAAAGAAGAGGUCAAUGAAUGAAGAAGCUGAACGCCACAGGGAAAAAACCCAAGAAUCUCUUCAGGCAACUAUCCAAAACUUGCUCUUCUUCCUUAAGUUUUUUUUACAAAAAAAUUUUAUGACAAACUUUCUUGAAAACAGAGGACCCACAGAAAUUCUAUGCAAGGGACUGCUGUAGGAUCACCACUCUCAGAAUUUAGUUGGAUGGAGACACCCUAUGAAGCGGAAAACCACAGCAUUUUACAAAUACACUAUCCAGUAUGUGGCAGGAAAAUGUUAGUGAUUUUAAUUUUCUGUCACUCUCUUUGUACUGCCUUCUUUCAAGAAAAAUUCUGCUGAAUAAAGGCAUAUUUUAAAUGC